AUUGAAGCACGUCUCUGGGAUCCCCACUGUGCUAAGGAUCCUCAGCUAACAUGAAUCCACGAUACAUUUUAUUGAAGCGAGAUGACCAUGGAGCGUCCCAAGGGGACGCUGGAGGUGGUCCAGCUCCAAGUCCGGACUCAGGUGUGGACGCUGGGGCUUCUGGCCACAGCUCCGCCAUGUCACUCUCAACGGGUGGUCUGGUGGCCAUAGUCGUCGUUGUGGUCGUCGUCACCAUCGUUGGUGUAACGACUGCAGCCCUCUUCUUCAUCGCCAAAAAACGUGAGUGGACGAUGAGAGAGACGCUCCGGAGAUCGGCCAAGAAGGUCGUUGCAGCGAUCACGCCGCGGCGAACGGAGUUCCCGGACUCUGUGAAGGAGUCGAUGGGAUCAACCCGACGUGGGCGUUCAAAGCGAACCGACAGUGUACCGCCCACGCCUCGCCUGCGACCAGAAGACCUCGAGAAAGGUCCAGCUCAAUCGGUGACCACGAAGAAAUCUCGACGAUGAUUUGCGUGGCGAGACUGUUGGCUUUCUCAGGAGCAGCUGCAAGGGUUGCUGGGUGGGUAGAUAGGUGCUCAUAGGUCUUCUUGGUGUAUGAUGAAUAGUUAGUUGGCUUAGGAUCCUUAGUAUUACAUCUUUCUGAACGUGUUGGAGCUGGCACUCCGCCGGUUCCCAAAAGAUUUCUUCUGUGG